AUGUACUUCACAUCAGUAUCACUUUGUGUUCCACUGCCGUGCAGCGACCUCACCCACCUGUCGUACCUCAACGAGCCCGGCAUCCUCCACGUGCUGCGCCAUCGGUACGGCGGCGAUACCGUGUACACCACCGCCGGCCCCGUGCUGGUCGCCGUCAACCCCUUCAAGGCGGUGCCGCUUUACGGCCCAGAGGCGGCGCGACACUACAGCCGCCGCGGCAGCGAGGAGGCCGCCGACAGCUACGAGCCGCACGUCUUCCUGACUGCCGACCAGGCGUACAAGCAGAUGGUGGCCCUCAACCAGUCGCAGAGCGUGCUCAUCACGGGAGAGUCGGGGGCGGGCAAGACGGAGAGCACCAAGAAGAUGAUGAAGUACCUGGCGGCGCUGGCAGGCGGCACGGGCAUGGAGGAUCGGGUGCUGCAGACCAAUCCGAUACUGGAGGCCUUUGGCAACGCCAAGACCAUCCACAACAACAACAGCAGCCGCUUCGGCAAGCUCAUAGGCAACAUCUGCGGCGCACUCACCCACACCUACCUGCUGGAGAAGUCGCGGGUGGCGCACCAGCAGGCGGGCGAGCGCUCGUACCACAUCUUCUAUCAGCUGUGCCGUGGCGCCUCGGAUGAGGAGCGCCAGCUGUACCUGCUGCCUCCAGCCGCCGACCUGGCCUCCUUUGCCUACCUCUCCGGCAGCGGCUGCACCACCAUCGCCGACAUGGACGACGCUGCAGAGUUUGGGCGGGUCAAGCGUGCGCUGGCCGCCGUGGGCAUCGCCCCGGAGCAGCAGCGGGGCCUGUUUGCGCUGCUGGCCGCGGUGCUGUGGCUGGGAAACGUGCGCUUUGCGGCGCUGCACGAGGACGCUGUGGAAGUGGAGGCGGGCAGCAUGGGCGCGGUGGGCGCGGCGGCGGCGCUGCUGGGCUGCGGCGAGGCCGCGCUGGUGGCGGCGCUGACCACGCGCCGCAUGCUGGCCGGCGGCGAGCGCAUCACCCGGGAGCUUAAUAUGGAGGCAGCACUGGACAACCGGGAUGCGCUGGCUAAGGCCAUCUAUGCCACCCUCUUCAAGUGGCUGGUAGAGCAGGCGAGAAUCAAUGCCGCGCUGGCGGUGGGCAAGCAGCAGAGCGAGACCACGCUGAGCAUCCUCGACAUCUACGGGUUUGAGCAGUUCCAGGAGAACAGCUUCGAGCAGCUGUGCAUCAACUAUGCGAAUGAGCGGCUGCAGCAACAGUUCAGCAAGCACAUGUUUCGGCUGGAGCAGGAGGUGUAUGAGUCGGAGGGGAUCGACUGGGCUCACGUCGAGUUUACAGACAACCAGGCAGGGAGGAAGGCGCGGCCGCCGGCGGGCGUGGGCAUCCUGUCGAUGCUGGAUGAGGAGUGCAUGAUGCCGCGCGGCAGCGACGCCACGUUUGCCGCCAAGCUGCAGCAGCACCACGGCGGCCACCCGCGGUUUGCCUACAACACCAAGGCCCCCGCCGCCGACUUCACCGUGCAGCACUAUGCUGGCCCCGUCACCUACUCCGCCGCCAAGUUCCUUGACAAGAACCGGGAUACGCUCAGCAAGGACCUGGUGGCGCUGCUGCAGGCCUCGAGCGCGCCGCUGGUGCAGCGCCUGGCAGCCGAGAUGGAGCGAGGGCAGGAGCGGCGGGGCAGCCAGACGGUGGGGGCACGCUUCCGGGACCAGCUGCGAGACCUGAUCCAGCGCCUGGACGCCACCGCGCUGCACUUUGUGCGCUGCAUCAAGCCCAACAGCCAGCAGGUGGCGGGCGCCUUUGGCGCGCCGCUGGUCCUGCACCAGCUGCGCUGCUGCGGCGUGCUGGAGGUGGCUCGCAUUGCGCGGGCGGGAUACCCCACCCGCCACCUCCACCACGAGUUUGCGGCGCGGUACAAGGUACUGCUGCCGGAGCUGGGGCCAGGCCCGCUGCCGCCGGGCAUCAGCGCCCUGGACGUCUGCAGGCAGCUGCUGGCCCACUUUGAUGUGGAUGCCUCCCAGUACCGCAUCGGCCGUACCAGGCUGUUCUUCAGGGCGGGCAUGCUGGGGCAGCUGGAGGAUGCCGCCGCACGCAUGCAGAGGUCUGCACUGUGUAUUCAGAGCACCUGGCGCAUGGCCCGCUGCCGCCGGGCUUUCCUGCGGUCCCGCCGCGCGGCGGUGUGCAUCCAGGCGCAGUGGCGCGGCUGCUGCGGGCGCGCCCGGUUUGCCCAGCUGCUGCUCCAGCACCGCGCGGCGGCGCGCAUCCAGGCCGCCGCGCGCGGCUGCGCGCAGCGGCGGCGCUACCAGCGGGCGCUGCUGGGCGUGGUGGCAGUCCAGGUGGGCGGGCGAGUCAGAGCUAGGCACGGUGGUAACCACACGUGUGGGGUGGGAUGCCAGCCCCUCCCUCUCUUUAGGUGCUGCCGGCAGCGGCUGAUGGCUUGCCAUCGCUGCGCCGACCCCGCUCGCGACCCGCUGGCAAUGCCUGCCGUCAUGCUUUCUUCCUGCAGAUGGCCUGGCGCCGGCACGUGGUCAAGCAGCACGUGGCUGCCCGCCUGGCUCUGCGGCGCGAGGCGGAGGCGGCGCAGCGGGCGGCGACAGAGGCGCAGCAGCGGCAGGAGGAGACGUUUGAGGUGGGCUUUUUUUUUCUGGCUGCGCUCUGCUCCUUGUGAAUGA